AUUUCGAUUGAUUUGAGUAGUUUGGGUCGAUUUUCUAAAAUGAAAACAACACAUUUCUUAUUUAUAUUUGUGGUAUUUGGUUGUGCUUUUGCAUUAACAAAGAACACGCUGAAGAAGAAGCCAAUUCGUUCAAAUCAAAAUGUAACGGCUCUUUUACCAAAUUCAACAUUUGUAAAUGCUGAAAACUUACAAAUUGAAUUUUACCAUCUUAAUGUAAGUGAUUCGCUCGAAAAACGGAUUUCACUUCGACAGCGACGUGGUCCUUGUGCGUGUCUUAGUCUAAAUUGCGGCUGCUGUGCCGGCAUGGAAAUCCAAAAUUUCAAACGAAAAUUUUGUACCAAUUUCACAUAUGACCCAAAUGAGUUUCAAGUGCAGUUGGAUGUGAUGAAUAAUGACGAAGUUAUCUAUCAAAAUAUGUUCUCCGCAAAGAAUCCACCACCGAUGUGCGUGCCAGUGCCAUACACUCCCGCUCAAAUGUGCAUAAAGCUAUUUAAUAUUUUCACGCCGGGACGAAAUUUGCAUAUGUGUAUGGACAUUGAGAUCAAAAUACAAGAUAAACCAUAUUUAGUUCUACAUUUCGACUGUAUGCGAAUGGGACAAGAUGGAUUCAUGCUAUUAAAGCCAGAGCAAAACGGAGGAGAGGUGGGAACGGGUGGCGGCGGUGGCGGCGGUGGAGGCGGUGGCGGAUUAUUUGGAACAGGAUUAUUCAACGGUGGUCUUUUUGGCAACCGACCAACUCGACCACCGAGCGGUCCAAGCGGUCCAACCGAAGUGCCUCAAAUCGAUACGGAUGUUUUCGAUCCAAUUACUGAAAUUAAACUCAAGCCCUAA